CCGUGACACGUGGUUUCCGUGCAUCCCAAUUCCCGAUACAUUGAGAAGAUGCCGAUGAUAUCUUCUGCCUCCACGUCCCAUCUCAUCACUUCCCCUCUUGUCUCAGAACCCUAGCGCCGCACUCUGCCUGAGAGAGUCCUCCUACGUUUCCGCGCAAGGUGGUGGGGAAUUUUCGAUUUGAUUGGAUUGGAGAUGGCGGAGAAGGAGGUUGGCCGGAUCUUCGUGGGCGGGCUGUCGUGGGACACCACGGAGCGCACGCUUGAGCGAGCCUUCAGCGAUUUCGGCAAGGUCAUCGAGACGCAGGUCGUAACGGAAAGAGAGACUGGCCGCUCCCGUGGGUUUGGGUUUGUCACAUUUUCUGAACCUCGGGCUGUGGAUGCUGCAAUCCGGGAAAUGCACAAUGGAGAACUAGAUGGUCGGACCAUUUCUGUGAACAAGGCUCAGCCUAGGUUGAGCACUGAUGAUGGUGGCUAUGGAUAUGGGGGUGGUGGUUACUCAUCUGGUGCUAGAGGUGGAUAUCGUGGUGCAGCUGACAUAGUUCCAGCUGCAAGUGAUGAGUGCUUCAAGUGUGGACGUUCUGGACACUGGGCCCGUGAAUGUCCUUACGCAGAUGGAGGUAGACCUGCAAGGUACUCUCCUCCUUCCAGGUAUGGCAGUGGUGCCGGUGGGCGUGGUGACCGCUUUGGAGGACCAGAUCGUUAUGCUAAUCGCUAUGUUGAUGACCGUUAUGAUGGUGGUCGCUAUGCUGAUGAUCGUUAUGGUGGUGGACGUGAUCGCUAUCCUCCAGCUGCAGAUCGCUUUUCUGGUGACAGAUAUGGUGGUGCAGAUCGCUAUGCAUCAGGUGGCUUUGCGAGGGAAAGAAGUUAUGAGAGAGAUGGAGGACGGCCAGGUGGAAGUUACUACCGUGAUGAACCCAGAGCCACUGGUGGUUAUGGCAGGAGUGGUCCGCGUGUGGCAAAUGGUGACAGAUAUGGGAGUGGUGGACCUGCUCGUGUUGGUGGAAGUUACCGAGACAGGCCUGCUCCCUAUGAUCGCCCCAGUCGUGGAGCUCGCUCUUAUGAUGACCGCUACUGAUGAAGGUUACCUUGGAGCAGAGCAGAGCAGAGCAGGGUUUUAAAUAUAAGGAUUUUCCAGUUUCUAUUUUAUGUGGCUUCGCUAUGUUGAUGCUUCAUUCAACUCUUAAAUAUCGUUCUUCAGAGCAGUUUGUUUGAUUACUCUUCAGUCCAUAUGACAGUAUUCGGUUAUUAUUAUGUCAGAACUGUACACUCUUAGGCAGUGGGUGGUUCUGCUUCCUUGUUAUGGUAUUAUGUAACUAUUCUGCAGUCUAAGAUUGAGUUGUACUGUUUUAA